AUGGAAAUGGACCCAAUCCCCACAAACAUUAGUUUUAAUCCAUUUAGGAUUGAAUCCUUAAUCGAUGAAUAUACUGCAGUUUCACUAUAUAGGGGUAUUUAUGAAUGUCUAGAAUUGAUCAAAAGCGGAGAAACUCACAAAUUAAGUUUUGAAUUCUUAUAUAGAACAUGCUAUAGACUUACAAUAAACAACUAUGGUGGAAUGCUUUAUGGUGGCGUUUUGGAUUUUAUUAUUGAGAUGUUGGUUAAAGAAAGAGACUCCGAAAAUAUAGAUGAUAUUAUGAAUUUUUGGAGAACUUUUGAAAUGACAAUGGAUACUUUGCAAGAUGUUUUAAUGUAUUUAGAAAAAAAUUUUAUUAUUUCAAAUACAAAGGUUCCUAUCAAAAUUGCAGGCAUGUCAAUCUUUCUGAAGUAUUAUCUUUUUUCAAAUAACAGAAUUGUCAAUAUUAUAAAUAAUAUACUUAAACAAGUAAAUAACUUCAGAAAAUCAGGAGAAUUAAAUGAAAAUGGUUCAAAAGAGAUUAGAUUUGUUUUAGAACAAAUUUUGAAUCUUCCAUCUAUCGAAAUAAAUAUUAAAAAUUUACCAAUUGAUACAAUUGAUACAAUUAAAUUUAAUGAAGCUAGUUGCCACAGUACAAUUGUAGAGGACGAAGAAUUCAUUUCAUUUAAAUCAAAAGUCCCAGUAAUGAAUGGUAUUCAUGACAGCAAAAUAAUUAUUUUCACAUACAAAUUUAAUCACAAAGCAUCAGUUUUUAAUUGGAAGGACUUUGCUGUUUUCAAUCAAUUUUUUAUGCCAUCUUUUUUAAUUGAAUCACGAGAUUAUCAUGAAAAAGAAUUUGAAAAAGUUCAUGCUUUGGAUAAAGAUUCAAUUUCACAAAUUAGAAAUUAUUUGAAUAAAUGUGAAAAAAAUUAUAUGUUUGAAAAGAUGUUGGUCGAAAAUUUUUUAGUUUUUCAAGUUUGGGAUGAGCUUAUUAAAGAAAUGGAUAAAAUUUGGAUUUAUCAUUUUUUUGAAAGAUUCAUAAAUAACACUGUAUUUGAGCUUUUUUCUAUCGGAACUAAACAUGAUUUGCAACAAUUAUUUAAAAUUCUAAGUCGUGUACCGGAAUGUCUAGAAAAAUUGAAGAAUUUCCUAAAGCAAUUUUUCUCUUUGAGAUUGGAUAAAAUAUUUCCAUCUGAUGAAUUAUUUGUUAGUGACGGAUUUGAUAAAUUUCUUAAUGAAAUUCAAUUAUUUAAAAACCGAAGUGAAUUUAUUUUCAUCGAAUGCUUCAAAAACAAUAGUAUGUUUAACCAAGUUAUGAGCAUGUCUUUUGAAGAUUUUUUUCUCAAUAGAAACACCACAACUGCCAUAAAUUUGAUAGCAAGUGGAUUCGACAUUUUACUUAGAUCAUUCUAUACUAAUAAUCAAAUUGAUGAUAAUAAAAAACAUUUGGACAUCCUAUUCUGGUUGUUCAAGCAUGUUUCAAAUAAGAAUUUGUUCGAAGUUAAAUACAGAACUUUUCUUUGUAAGAGGUUAAUGGAAUUUACAGCAAACAAAAGGAGCAUGGAACACAAUGUAAUAAUAAGAUUAAGAGGAGAAUGUGGCCAUGGGUAUACAUUAAAGCUAGAAGGUAUUCUUGCAGAUAUAAUGCAAUCAGAAAUUUUAAACUUAGAGUUUCAAAAAAGUUCUGAAGUAGCUGAUGUUUCUAAUAGUAUUGUUAAUUACAACGUAAUAACCCCAAACUUUUGGAUUAUUCAUCCAUAUAUUAACUUUCCUUUAUCAAAUGAUUUCAAUUGCAAAUUAGAUAAUUUUUCACAAUUUUUUCAUUCGAAAUAUGAAAGAAGGAAACUUCAAUGGCAUCUUGGGGCAGGAAGUGCAAUAGUAAAUGUUAACUGUAGAAGACUAUCAAAUAAAAGUUUUAUUAUUGAGUGUUCAACUAUUCAAAUGUUUAUUUUAGAUAUUUUUAAUAGAUUUGACUAUAUUUCUUUUGAAGAAAUGCAGAACAUUAUUGGAUGUAGCGACACAAAUCUAUUAAAAAAUAACUUAUUAAGCCUUGCACUUGAAAAUAAACCUUCCUUGUUGAGUAUUAUUCCAAUAAUGAAAUGGAGAGAAACAAGAAUAAAUUUUAAUUGCAUAAAUGAAAAUAAAGGAACAUUCGAAUUUCCAGACUUAAACAUCAACCCCAAAAAUCACUUUUCCUCAAACGACUCAGUAAUAACUUCGAUUUCUUCCUCCGAUAUUAUAUGUAUUAACGAUAAUGCAAAUCCAGAUGCUAAUACUAUCAUCAAAUAUAAUUACGACUCCCUAGAACUUAAUUCUGAUAUUAAACAAAAUUUUGACUUAGAAAGUACUUCAGUACAAGAUAAAGGUUAUAUUAUCGAUUCAAUUAUAGUCAAGAUUCUUAAAAAAAACAAAACCCUUCAUAUUGAUGACAUUACCAGAAGGGUAAUCGAUCAUAAUGUUAUACUAUUGCAAGGGAACACCGAGCUUAUUAUUGAAAGACUAGAAAUGCUCUGCCAAAAAGAAUUUGUUUCUAAAGAUUUAUAUUCGCAAAAUCUAUAUAACUAUGUUCCGUAA